AUGGCCGCCAUCUCCCAAAGCGACGCCGCCUGCAUCGGUGGCUUCCGGCUAGCAAAGCAUGCCCCCCACCUGCCGGCCGAGGGGACAAGGGGUGACAUCCUCCUGCUUUGGGACGAAAACUCCGUUGCCCUCUCCGACGUCUCCUUCGGCACCUACUCUGCCUCGGCCAUGGUCACCAUUCUCGAGUGCGAAACCUACUUCAAGCUCACUCUGUCUAUGCAAAAAUGGCUCAUCCUUGGCGACUUCAAUCUCAUCUACCGCGCCUGCGACAAGAACAACAGGAAUGUCAACCUGCGCCUCAUGGGCCAAUUCUGCCGCGCGCUCGAGGACUGCAAUCUUAAGGAAAUCAACCUUCAAAACCGGAAAUUCACCUGGAGCAACGAGCGUGAAUCCCCCACCUUGGUCAAGCUUGAUCGUGCCUUCUACAACAACGCUUGGGAUCUGGCUUUCGACAACCACACGCUUCACCUGGUCCACAUUGUCAACCACAAGCUCAAGCUCACCGCCUCCCGCCUCCGCUCUUGGAGCAAGUUUCUCUUCUCCCACUCCAAGCUCCUCCUACUCAUGGCCCUCGACGUCGUCUUCCAGCUCGAUGUCGUGCAGGAGAAUCGUUCGCUUACGCCGGAGGAGCGCGGUCUCCGCUCGGAUCUCAAGCGCAGGAUCCUGGCGCUCGCCUCCCUCGAGCGGGCGCGGAAGAAGCAGUUCGCCACCAUUGCCUGGCUUAAGGAAGGGGAUGCUAACUCCAAAUUUUUCCACAUUCGGGCUAACGGCCAUCGUAGGAAGAACCACAUUCAGAGGCUUCGUGUUGGCAACGACUGGCAUGACCUCGAUGAUCUUGACCUCCCGUUCUCGGAAGAGGAAAUCCUCAAGGCCAUCAUCGAGUCCCCCGCCGACAAGGCCCCGGGUCCAGACGGGUUCACGGGCAAUUUUUUCCGUGCUUUCUGGCCCAUCAUCAAAGAUGACAUCAUGUGCCUCGCUAACGCGUUCCGGAGACAAGAAACUCACAAUCUCCACAUCUGCAACACGGCCAACACUAUCCUCAUACCCAAAAAAGACGGCGCCGAUUCGAUCUCGGACUACAGGCCGAUUAGCCUCAUUCAUGCCAUGGCUAAGAUCCUUUCCAAGGCGAUGGUGAUGCGGCUGCGGCCCAAGAUGCACGAGCUGGUUUCCCUCAGCCAAAGUGCCUUCAUCAAAUCCAGGAGCAUCCAUGACAAUUUCAUGUUCGUCCAGGGCAUGGCCCGCAGACUUCAUCGGUCUAAGUCGCCCACUCUCCUCAUCAAGCUCGACAUCGCCAAAGCUUUCGACACCGUUCGCUGGGACUUCAUUCUCGAGCUCUUGCAGCGCCGCGGCUUCCCCAACCGUUUUCCGUAUAUCAUCGACAAGGCGGCUGGUAGACUGGCAAUCUGGAAGGGCAAAUUGCUCACCAGUGCGGGCUGCCUCACGCUGGUCAAGUCUGUCAUGACCUCUAUUCCCAUCUUCUCGCUUUCGGCCAUUCGUCCUAGCAAAGGGGUUCUGCAAGACUUCGAUAAGCUCUGCCGCAACUUCCAGUGGAGCGGCAGCGACAAGGCCUCCGAUGGGCAGUGUAAGAUCAACUGGCAACGCGAGCGCAAUGCCAGGGUUUUCAAUAACGUGCACACGCUCCCUCAAGUCCUGAUCGAGUGGAUCAAAGACGAGGGACGCGCCUGGGCGCUCACCGGAGCCAAGCACCUUGCGAGCAUCUUGCCUUAG